CAUCCGAGUCGUCUCUAUCUCAAGUCUCUCAAUCUCUGAGAUUUUAGGGUUUUUUGUUUUUGUUUUUCUCUUUUGGAUUUUCGCUGGGGCCCUGAGAUCUCUUUAUAAGAAAUUCGAGGGUUGUAGUUAUUAAUGAUCCUUAAGCAAGCAGCAAGCUCCGCCAUUAAAGCCCCACACCCAUUUCUUUGAUUUUCUCGCGGUCUUUUCUCUUGCCGUUUCGGUCCCCUUUUGCUCUAAAAUAUCAUUUGGAUUUUGUGGUUUUCUGAAGAUGGAACCGACCUUACUCGAUGACGGCGAGUUCUGUCUUCCACCGGAGUUUCUCACUGACGAGGACUUUCUCUUGGAGAAGGAGAACAAGGUGUUCAAGGGCAUCGACAACGGCGAUGCGUUGGGGUUUAGGUUCGGGAAAGAUGGUGGGUCCAAGUUCUCUCACCCGUGUGACUCGCGCUACGGGUUCGGGUCUCUCCGGUUGAAUUCGGGCCUCGGGUCUUCAGUUGAGUCUCUCUUUGGCUCAACGGAGACGGAAAGCGACGAGGAGAAUUACAUAGCUGGCUUGACCCGCCAGAUGGCUCACUCUACUUUGGAAGACGAUUUCUCCGGCAGAUUUUGCGACCAAUACAAAUUCCGGCCUCACAACAACAAGGGGUGGAGUCACUCAGGCUCGCCGGAAUCGACACUUUGUAACGGCGAAAUCCUCUGCUGUUGCCGGCAGCAAUCGGCCCGUACCUGCCAGUCUCGAGUCACUUCUCAGGCAGCUGCGGCGGCAUGGGAUCUGUUCUGUUCCGCGGCCGAAGAAAUGAACAGGAUGAAAAUCGACAGCGAGCUGUACGGCUUCGAUCAUGGCGGAAGAGGGCUUCUCGGUCCGCCCAGAAAGCCAUCGCCCGUACCCGUCGCGGCCAAAUACCCAAACAUCGGCUCUGGUUACUACAAUCAUCAUUCCCUUCCUUCCCAGAAGCUCCAAGCCAUCCAAUUUCAGCAGCUGAAGCAGCAGCAGAUGAUGAAGCGCCGGCACGUGAUGCAGAACAGAGAAAGGGUUAAUGUCAACAACAACAUCCGUUCUGUGGGGCUCUCGCCAUCUGCAUGGCCUGGUCGGCAACACUCACAGCAGCCCAAUGAUGGUUCGGGUAUGCGGGCCGUCUUCCUCGGCAACCCGACCAGAAAACGUGGGUCGACCGGCACCGGAGUCUUCUUGCCUCGCCAUGUAAUCCCCGCUUCCACCGAGACACCUAAGAAGCAGACUCUUUCGACGGUGUUGGUUCCGGCGAGAGUAGCUCAAGCCCUGAAUCUGAACCUGGACGACUCGGUGGCUCAAGCGAAGGUGCUGCCUCGCUUCGAAUCUCAGGCGGCGUGUGUCAAUGAUGCCUCGAUGAGGUUCAGGAGCAACAAUGGCGGGGUCUCGGGUCAAAAGAGAGGGGGAAUGAGGAUGGAGCAGCAAACGGUGAUAUCGAAUGAACUCCGGUUACCCUCGGACUGGUCUUACUGAAUUAUUCUGGUGUCUGGAUCUGGAUUUGAUGGGUGUUUUGGGGUAAAGAAGUGUCUGAAAGUAGAUUAUAAAUAGUGAAACUAGGAAUAUGGAUAAUGGUACAGUAUUUGAUCCGGUGAAGGAAAGACAGUUUGGGUUUAAAAAAAAAAAAGGGUUCUAAGAAAAUUCUGGGACAGAGAUUUUGGUUCGUGUCCCAUGGAAUCGGUGUCGGAGAGCUUCCAUUAAUGGCCGACAUAAGAGUAUAUGCCUUUUUUUUUUGUUUGGCUUUUUGCCGUAGACGAAGGAGAAGAAGGAGAAGAUUAGGGUUUUGAUUUUGUUUUUUGCUUGCGAAAAUUACUCUUCCUCUUUUGUCUUUCCGACUCUGACCAGUGGGAAAAUUAAUAAUAAAAGAAUGAUUUUAUUUUUUUUU